CUCUUCUCUGUGAGGAGUCAAGAGGACAAUGUGAAAUAUGCAGAGUCAUGGAAGCAUAUUCUGGCAGUAUUGUUCCUGAAACUGGCUCCUACUUACAUAUCAAGUCUUAUCAAUGCUAUUUAGAGUCACCAAUCAACUAGAAAGCAUGUUACAGGAUUUUGGAAUAUCUGAAAAAGUUCUAUAAUUAUAAACCAGAUCAGGAUCGUGGAAAAUCAAGACGGAGUACCAAUUCAGAGAGCUUUCAAGGAAAAUUAAUGGAAAUGCAGAAGUACUUUGGACUCAGGGGAACUGGAGAGCUUAGUGAGGAAACACUAACCACAAUGAAAAAACCAAGAUGUGGUCUGUCAGAUGCAGAAGAUUAUGGAGACUCUACAAGAUGGAAGAAUGUUAAUUUGACAUAUAAGAUAGAAAAUUAUUCACCCUCAGUAAUCCCUGUGAAAGUAAAGAAAAUUUUCAAAAGUGCUUGGAGAGUCUGGAGUGAUGUAACACCUUUGCGCUUCAAAGCAAGGACAAAAAAAGAUGCAGAUAUUAUGAUUUCAUUUCGGCGUGGAGAUCAUGAUGACAACUCCCCUUUUGAUGGACAUGGUGGAAUUCUAGCCCAUGCCUUUCAGCCUGGAACUGGGAUAGGAGGAGAUGUGCAUUUUGACCAUGAAGAAAUCUGGACAGCAAAUUCAACAGAUUACAACUUGUUCUCAGUUGCUGUUCACGAAUUUGGUCAUUCAUUGGGUCUCUCCCAUUCAAACGACCCUGGAUCUGUGAUGUUUCCAGCUUACACCUACUUGAAGCCGAAUGACUUCACCCUUUCAUAUGAAGAUGUUCAGCGAAUACAAGACAUGUAUGGUGCAAAUCCAAAUAAGGGUAUGUCAUUCCUACGAAAGGUGCCUCCAAAAACACCAAAUAAGUGUGACCAGAAUUUGUCUUUUGAUGCUGUUAUGAGGUUGCAGAAUGAAGUCAUAUUUUUUAAAGACAGAUUUAUGUGGCGCAGACACCCUGAGUUUAUAGACCUAAACCUGUCCUUCAUUUCUGCCAUUUGGCCAGCACUCUCUUCGGGUAUAGAUGCUGCAUAUGAAAAUGCUGAACAGCGCCACCUUGUGUUCUUCAGAGGUAAUCAAUACUGGCUGGUUCAACAAUAUGACAUCCUUGAAGGAUAUCCCAAAACCAUCUACCAUCUUGGAUUUCCAAAAACUGUCAAGUCUAUAGAUGCUGCCCUGCACUUCAGAGAUACAAAAGAAACAUUUUUCUUCACUGACAACACAUUCUGGAAGUAUUAUGAAACACAAAAGAAACUUGAUAUGAAUUAUCCUAAGCAAAUAACUGAGAUGUGGCCAGGAAUGGAAAGCAAAGUAGAUGCAGCAGUGCUGUUCAAUGAUUUCAUCUAUUUCUUCAGCGGUGCUUUGCAGUACCAAUAUGACCCCAUAAAAAAAUACAUUGUACAAACAAGAAAUGCUAAUGAAUGGCUAUGCAGUUAAAGAUGACCGAUAGUGAAUAGAUGAAUGAGAGAUCUCAGCAAAUGAAGGAGUAUGCAGCUCACCAGAUGAACUAACAGUAUCUCACAAAAUCAGAAUGCAAACAAGAUGGCUGCCAUAUGUAAAUAUCAGAACUUUGGUGACUGCCUUUGUUUUUAUUUGCCAUAAAGCUACUAAAUGGAGGCAAAAACGUAUUACACGACUGGAUUAUAACUGAAAAAUAUAUAUUUUUUCUGUUUUGAACUUUUUGGAACAAUGUGAAUCAGUUUUCUACAAUGUAAGGACUACUUUUAGUCAAUAUACAGACUUUAAAUGUUUAACCAAUGCUAACAAAUGAUUUUAUUUAAUUCCUAAGCAUUUAUUCACAUUUAAGUAAUUGUGUUUAUUUAUUGAUAGCUAGCAUUGUUUAUAAGAUUACUGAUUCAUGCUUAUGCUGGCCAACACCAGCUCAUAUAAUUUGCUUUGUAAUUUUUGUGUGGUAAAGUGUAUGCUCAUAUUCCUUAUUUCAGAUGGAAAGUGUCACUGAAUGGCAAAGCUAAAAUGACUCUCAUAAAGAGAGUGAAGCAUAGUAUUAGUGAAGAUGUUAUUUCUUCACACCUGUUUUUAGAAACGGAACAUUACAUGUUACGCGAGAGAGUCUGAAAGGCUGAUCAUUAACAGGAAUGCCAAAGUCAGGUCCCAAAAUCACAAGCACCAAAAGGGGGCUGAUACCCACAGCCACAACUAUCUGUUCUCUUGAAGGUGCUUUAAUUGAUUAUAAAAAAGAAAAAAAGAAAAAAUUGUCUUUGUUGUAAUGUUUAACAUGUAUUGUCUUGGCAACCAGCUAGUUAAUUACAAUGAAGACACUUUUAGUAGUGUGAUGAAAAGAUAUAAUGCAAACUAUAGCACUUGCUUUCCUUUUCUGUACUGUAAAGAGCCAGGUGUUCGGUAAAUAUCUCAUUUGUUGUAUAAAAAUAUAAAAUAACCAAAGAGUUUACACCUUUACAGAUUGCUGCUACAAGAAUCCGUAUUUGCAUUAUCAUUAAGGGCCACAUUUCCCAUGAUCUCAAGCCCUUCACUUGUUGCCUGUGUCUUCUAAAAUGAUUUCUAAAAUUCUUUUAUUGUUUUAUAAAUGUUUACAUGGCCUGGCUUCUCCCUACCUCAGCAACACGAUUGUCAAGUGCACUUCUUCCAGGUCAUUUCAAUUGUUGCAUGACACCCUGUUAGCUAUUCCCAGGACUAAUGGGGGCAUCCAAGCUCUGGAACUGUUUACGUGACCACCUGAGAACUACGGACAACCUCAGCACUUUUAAAAACAAUCUUAAUACUUUCAUAUUUAAUAAUUAAUUUUGUUUCUGUCUUUUUGUUUAAAUUCUACUUUAUCUGUUUUGCUGUUAAACACGUUGUGAGCCUUUCUGUGAAAAAGUUAUAUAAAGUGUACU